AUGAGCCGAGAAUGGAAGAGGAACGACGAACUUCGCAAGCAUAUGCUCCACGGAAAGACACCUCCAAAACAGUGUCAGCAAACUCCUGUUCCAGGAGCGUCUCUUCCUAAAGGUGGCGGAGCUAUUCGAGGGAUGGGAGAAAAAUUCGAGGCAAAUCCUGUGACAGGGACAGCCAGUAUGAGCGUUCCACUCAUGGCAAGCCCCGGCCGCGGCGGUGUUCAACCUACCCUAGCUUUAUCGUAUGACUCGGCGUAUGGAAACAGUCCCUUUGGUUUCGGCUGGUCUCUCGGUAUCGACUCAAUUACCAGAAAAACAAGCAAAGGAUUGCCACGAUACAGAGACGAUCAGGAGUCAGACGUUUUCCUGCUGUCGGGUGUCGAAGAUCUUGUUCCCAUUCUGCGUAGUGAUGGAUCGAGGUACGGGGAUAUGACCACAGUGCCUGGCUAUGCUAUCCAGAGAUACGGCCCACGAGUUGAAGGGUCGUUUCAGAGAAUUGAGAGAUGGUCCAACAUUGCGGAUGAUGCCACAGAUAUUCAUUGGCGUGUCUACAACCAAGAAGACUUGCUCAGCAUUUACGGACGCUCCGAUAACUCGCGGAUCUCCAAUUCAGAGGCACCAGAGCAGAUAUUCAGCUGGCUGCUAAGUGAUCGCCGUGACUGGAAAGGCAACUCCAUUCUCUUCACAUACAAGCCUGAUAAUGGCCAGGGAGUUGAUUUAACCAUGCAGCACGAACAGAGCAGAGGCGGACUCGACGACAGUCGCCGAAAGGUGAACCGGUACGUGAAGUCUAUUAAAUAUGGAAAUCAGACAUCACUUCUUGACAGCCAAGGGCAACGCCUGGUGUUUCCAAGUCAAGAUUUCUUGGACAAUGCGGGUUGGCUCUUCGAGCUGGUGUUUGAUUAUGGGGAGCAUAAUAUACCCACACCGACUCCUGUAGAAGAGGUGAAUUGGCCUCGUCGUGCCGAUUCAUUUUCAAGCUACAAAUCUGGGUUUGAGAUCCGGACUACUCGGCUUUGCCAGAGGGUCUUGAUGUUCCACCACUUCGCAAAUGAAGCAGAGCUGGGGAUCAACACUCUCGUCAGCUCUACGGAUCUUAUUUAUCGAGUCCCACAACCAGGUGGAGAAAACGGUGUUUAUACAUUCCUCGAUGCCAUUGAACACUCAGGCUAUCGAAGAAGUAGCGAUGAAAGUAGCGGCUACAUCAGACGCUCGAUGCCGCGUCUGGAAUUCAAGUACUCCGAACCUGUCAUCGACGACACAUUGCGAUCUAUAGAUCCUGCGACUCUACAAAAUGUUCCUGUCGGGCUAGCGUCUUCAGACGUCCAGUGGAUUGACCUAUACGGAGAAGGCAUUUCUGGAAUGCUAACACGGACUGACCGAGCUUGGUACUACAAGCGCAAUAUCAGUCCAUUAAACGAAAAGCUGCAAGCAAGCGGCUCCUUGAUUCCCGAGCCACUUUUUGACAACCUAGAAGCAGUUCAAAUCAUGCCGAACUUGCCUUCAGGGCAGAAUUUCACUUUUGCAGAUCUCACGGGAGAUGGUUGCUUGUCGAUUAUUACCGAAAAUGGCUCCAUGGGCUAUUAUGAGGAAGACGGUCUCGAAAGUUGGCUACCUUUUCAGCCUUUCGAGCAUCCAAUCAAGAAUUAUUUGGGAGAUCCUAGUGUGAAAUUAGUUGAUCUUACCGGUGAUGGUCUAAUGGACUCGUUUAUGACCAGCCAAGCGAUCUGGUAUCCAUCGCUAGGCACUGCCGGCUUUUAUGCACCAGAAGGAUUCAUGGUACCAUUUGGCGAUGACAACCUUCCCACCCAGGUAUUCCGAAAUGAUAUUCUUGGCACGGUUUACCUUGCAGAUUUUACAGGAGAUGGCUUAACAGAUAUCGUGCGGAUUAGCAAUGGCGAAAUAUACAUUUUGCCGAACAUGGGAUAUGGCAAGUUUGGGGGCAAGAUUUCCAUGGACAACGCCCCUGUAUUCGAUACCCCGGAGUUUUUUGACCCGAAACGUAUUGUUCUGGCAGACAUCGAUGGAUCUGGCACCGCGGACAUCAUCUAUCUGCAUGCCAACGGUGCUCAAGUCUACUUCAACGAAUCGGGGAACAGUUGGAGCAGCGGUCAGCUCUUAACUUCAACCCAAAACUUUUCAAAACUGCUGAAUGUCAAGGCGACCGAUCUUCACGGGAAUGGAACCACAUGCCUGGUAAUUUCCAGUCCUCUGCCGGCCGACCCAUUUCCAAUGCAGUACAUUGAUUUGAUGGAUUCUACCAAGCCACACCUUCUCAUCCAAAUCGACAAUAAUCUAGGAACGUCUACACAAGUCAAAUAUAGUACCUCCACGAAGUUUUAUCUUCAAGACAAAAUGAAUGGCAUGCCAUGGAUAAGUAAGCUGGCUUUCCCCGUUCAUGUUGUCGAGACACUUACUACCUACGACUACAUUAGCGAAAAUAAAUUCACCACCCGCUAUUCCUAUCACCAUGGACACUAUGACGGCGAAGAGCGAGAGUUUCGAGGUUUUGGCAUGGUUGAAAAAUGGGAUGCUGAAGAACUUUCGGUAGUUGUUGCACAGGGGCCAAAUGGAACGGACGCAACAGCGUCAUUCACGGUGCUGCCAACACAUACCAAGUCGUGGUUCCAUCUCGGUAUCUCUAUUAGCGCCGAUAUAGUCUCUUUAAUUUACGAGAAAGAGUAUUUCAAAGAUCCCGCAGCCUGGGCUCUCCCAGAUACAGUCCUUCCGGAUAUUACCGCAGCCGAUGAGCACGACGCUUUCCGGACCUUGAAAGGCCGAAUACUGCAUCAGGAAAUCUUCAUCGACGACGCACCGCUGGGGCCAUCUGCAGAGGCGAUAGCAAAGUCCUUAUUACCCGUAUCUAUCACAGAAACGAAUUUCACGUUGUCACAAGUACAACCCAAGGCAACCAACCGCAGCGCAAUCUUUUUCGCUACUCCACGUGAGACCCUCUCUUACCACUACGAGCGAAACCUUGAUGACCCACGCAUAAAUCACGAGAUGGUGCUCGAGAGCAAUAGUUACGGACAAGCCCUCCGCGAAGUUGCGGUAGCCUACGGACGGCUAACAGCAGAUGCCACGCUGCCAACUCAGAGGGAUAAAGAUGUGCAGGCAAAGAAGUCCCUUAAAUAUUCGGAGAAUCAACCAAAUUCUUACAGACUUCCUGUUAAUAGUCAGCGGCGAGUAUUUGAACUCACGGGGAUGGAUCCUGAAGUUAUAGGACAGAGCUUUACGUACGACCAAUUCUCUAGAAACAAGUUCGAACUUCUAGAACAUGCUACGGAGAUUGGCUACGAGGUCUCACCCGAUCUCACAACGCCCCAGAAGCGACUUUUAAAUAUCUCCCGCAUACUAUUUCGGAGGGAUGAUUUGACUGGCCUGCUACCUCUUGGCCAGAUAGGUGCAUCGUGUAUCCCCGGCCAAAACUACUCGCUCUCCUUCACAACAUCUAUGAUCAACCAAACAUAUCAAAAGAACGGCGUCCCUCUCCUUUCUGACCCUGCUAGCUUACUCACUAGUCUUGCGGGUGAUGGGGGAGGGUAUGUUGCUAGCACAGAUCUCAAGUCUUCGGGCCUAUUUCCAAGCGCCGAUCAGUACGAUGGUUAUUGGGUAUCCAGCGGACUCAGCUUCUAUUCUCUAUCUAGCAAUACUUUGACUGAAUUAUCUGAAGCCCGUGCUCACUUCUACACUAGUCGCAGAUACCAAAAUCCCUUUGGAGCUGAGACUUCUAUUACCUACGACGACUAUGACAUCUUGAUUCUGGAAACGCAGGAUCCGGCAGGAAAUAUUGCGACCAUUGGUGAAAGAGAUUCUACUGGGAAGAAAUUAUCCAAUGGAAAUGACUAUCGAGUCUUGCACCCACGCAUAAUUACGAACGCAAAUGGCAACCGAUCUGCAGUGGCUUACGAUGCCCUGGGAGUCGUCGUUGGAACUGCAGUGAUGGGAAAGCUAGAAGAUGGCUUGAAAUUUGGAGACAAUCUAAGCGGGUUUGGACCCGAUCUUCCUGAGCAGGUUGCGUUAGAUCACCUAGCCAAUCCCACCGUGAACGCAAAAGACGUCUUACAGGGUGCUACAUCUCGAAUUAUCUACGAUUUUUUCGCUUAUGUACGGACUCAGAAUACGAACAACAUACAGCCAGUGGCAGCCUACUCCAUCUCACGAAGCACACAUGAGGCAGACCUAGAGGCAAAUGAACUCCCCGAAAUGCAACACUCGUACGCAUACUCUGAUGGCUUUGGGCGUAUCAUCCAGUCCAAGGUCCAAGUAAAAGCUGGGCCCGUGUCCAAACGUGGUCCCGAUGGCCGAAUUUUGCUGGGGGAUGAUGGCCAACCCAUCUUGACUGACGAAUCGGUGGAUCCACGUUGGAUAUCGAGCAGCUGGGUCAUUAAUAACAACAAAGGCAUGCCUGUCGCCAAAUUCGAGCCAUUUUUCACCGAUCUUCACACAUUCGAGUUCGACACCAAAACUGGCGUAUCGCACAUUGUGUUCUAUGAUCCACUGGGACGCAUUGUAGCAGAUCUGCACCCAAAUAACAGCUAUGCAAAGAAUCUGUUUAGUCCUUGGUCCAGUGAGCAGUGGGACAACGACACUAUCGAGCUUGAUCCUGUGAUUGACCCUGACGUUUCACAGUACACUUCGUCAUACUUUGCGCAAAACCCCAACUUCCAAACAUGGCUCCAGCAGCGAGUAAAUAAACCACUAGGAGACCUGGACAAACAAGCUGCUGAGAAGACUAGGGCUCACGCCCGCACUCCUAAAGCGACCUAUUUAGAUCCUCGGGGGCGUGUUUACCUCAUUGUUAACUGGGAUAGGGUGGUAUGUCCCGAUCAUGAACUGGAUGAAACCGAGUGGAAGCAAUAUACUCGAAUUGAACUCGACAUUGAGGGACAUAAGCUAGCUGUUAGAGAUGCCAACACCGACGGUACUGACCUGCGUGGUCGCAUCAUCGAAACCUCUACUUACGAUAUGCUCGGACGAGAAAUGAAUCGCCAAUCCAUGGAUACUGGAACAAGGAUUUGGCUUUUAAACGCACUUGGCAACCAGCUGAAGCUAUGGGAUGAUAGAGGGCAUGAAGUGAAAACUGUGUACGACAAAGCAUGUCGCCAUCUCUACUCCUCCGUGAUUGGCGAUGUGGACGCCGUUGGUGGUCCCUCGUCAGAAGUCAUCUUUAACUACACAAUUUUCGGCGAGCAUCACCCUCAGGCCACCGAGUUGAACCUGCGAGGCGAAAUUUAUUUGACUGCGGACCAGGCGGGUAUUACGGUGAAAAAGAAGAGAGAUUUCAAGGCAAACCUGCUGGAGAGUGCCAAACAGUUCAAUGUCGAGUACAGGAACACGAUCGAUUGGUCUGGAAUCACCUCUGUUAUUCCAGUGGAUAUGGAUCCACAGGCUGCUUAUGAUGUAACCAAGUUGCAGACAGUGUUAAACUCAAUGCUGCAAAUUGAGACAUUUCAAGACACCGUCGACUACGAUGCAUUGAAUAGAAUGGUGAAAGUAUCCUCGCCGAAUUCCGAUGGCAAACCAAGCACAACAAGAUUUACGUACAAAAUCACAAGUCUUGUCCAAAUCAACGCCAAUAUGCGCAACGAACUCUCUCCCACAGGCGAUCCAGUCUGGACCUCGUUCAUCAGCGAUCUCGAUUAUGACCCCCGUGGACUUAGGAGUUACAUACGCUACGGUAAUGGGGUAACUACGACCUAUAAUUACUCCAACAUCGGCGAAUUGACGCGGCUCCUGUCUACCCGAAUCUCCAGUUCGGGCAACACCGAGGCCUUGCAAGAUCUAAACUACACCUAUGAUGCUAGUCAGCACCACACGAAUAUUUCAGAUAAUGCUCUCCAGACAAUAUACUACAACAACCAAGUGGUAGAGCCAACGAACGACUACACGUAUGAUGCUCUCUACCAAUUAAUCCGUGCAACCGGUAGAGAACAUUUGGGUCAGCCAGGCGGUUCGCCAAUCCCCUACAGCAGCAAUGAUUCAGCAAGGAGCGGGCCGCAGCCAGGCGAUGAGAAAGCCAUGGACAGGUACACUGAGGAUUAUGUGUACGACCACACUGGAAAUACGAAGAAAAUGAAACACAGCGUGAGCGAUCCCACAGCCUUAGGCCAUAUAUGGACAAGGACCUUCGAGUACAACGAACCGAGUCAGUUGGAGCCAGCGAAGUUUGGAAACCGACUCACAUCAGCAACUGUCGGGGCGGCGGCUGAGAAUUUCAGCUAUGAUGCACACGGAAACAUGGUUCGGAUGCCUCAUCUGGGGGGCGCAGCAAACGUACCAAAUGUUACAUGGAACUUCCUGGAUAUGACGAGGAAGUUGGACUUGGGCGGUGGAGGCACAGCAUACUACGUCUAUGAUAUAUCUGGCGUGCGUGUUCGGAAAGUCAUUGAGAGGUCUCCUAGUCUGGUUCAAGAACGGCUAUAUCUUCGACCAAUGGGCUAUAGGGCCUAUAGAAGGGAGUCACUGCACGUCUUGGAUGACCAGAACCGUGCCGCGAUAGUCGAAACUCGUACCAUUGAUGUCGAUGGUAGCGACAAAGCCCCGGAGCAAGUUCAGCGUUACCAGUUAUCGAGUCAUCUGAAGUCGGCGACCGUUGAGGUUGACAAGGACGCCAAGAUCUUGACGUACGAAGAGUACUCACCUUAUGGUAGCACCACUUACGUCGGUACUCUAUCUACUCUCGAUCUUCCCAAGCGCUACCGUUUCACUGGUAAGGAGCGGGAUCACGAAUCCGGGCUGUCGUAUCAUGGCGCUCGUUAUUACGCCCCGUGGCUCGCUCGCUGGACGAGUGGUGACCCAGGAGGGCUUGUAGACGGCGUUAAUUUCUAUAUUGAUCCCGGGGGUAAAGCAAGCGAGAGGCCGAAAUUGGUAAUUCCCGAUGUUAAGCUCACAUACCCAACCAUGGCGGGUCCAAAACCGAUGAAGCCCAACUUGGGUCCAACGCAGCAGCUCCAGCUUAAACCCUUGGAGCCAUCGAAAAAAGCGGAAGCCGACCCUAGGUACCAACUUAUAAUGCCCAGCCUAGGGCCAUCUGGAAUCCAGCUCAAGCCAUUUUUUGUGUACACGUUAAAGGGCGAUAAACCUCAGCCGGAACCCGGGCCGCAACCCGAUCUCAGCUACCAUAUUCAACCCCCGGAGAGAAAUGAUGGCCACAAGCAGGAAAGUACCUUUGGUUUCGACCCUAAUCCACCCCAGAGCUCACAGCCAGCGAAGGCCGCGAAGACAGGAGAGCCCGAAGAGCAAAACAACCCCUUGCACCCCGAAGGGAAGUUAUACGAAAAUAAAGCGUCCAAAGGAGUAUCAGGGGUCUCCGUGGCAGCAAACACUGACCCAGGCGUCGAAGCAAAAGUCUCCAUCCGCGACACAGUCGACAUACAAGCCAAGGCCAGCUACCCCAAACAACAAGGCACGUUCAACCUCACCUUCACGGUGCGACUCGGCGACGAUCUCUCCACGAAUGGCACCAAGCUUGACCGGGAAAGGGGGGAGGCUACCUUGUCACAGGAGGGCAGCAAGUUCCUCAAUAACCCGAAGGACUUCGGGCAGGCGCAGAAGGCCGUGGACGCCGUAAGCAAGCUGAUCGAUGCGCAGCGUGACACGAACCACUCGCCCGUCGAGAUACAGGCGGGGUUCACCUAUGCACGGCAACCGGAUUCAUGGGCGCCAGAUACGAACGUUGAGCGGGGAGUGGCCCAGACCCAUGACUUGUCUGAUUUCCUAGGGUCGGGCGUUUUUGUAGGCGUGGGGUUCUGGUUUUAA